AUUAAGUUACAUUUUUCUAUGCCUAGUUAUUUAUGUCAUUAGAUUUAUGUACAUAUUUAUCAUCAAGCUCUUUGUUGUUCUAGACCUUCCACCUCAUGCAGUCAUUGGAAUGCCAGCUUUAUCUCCUACAAUGACUCAAGGUAACAUAGCAAAAUGGAGGAAGAAAGAAGGAGAUAAGAUAGAAGUGGGCGAUGUACUGUGUGAAAUAGAGACAGAUAAAGCUACACUUGAGUUUGAAAGUCUUGAAGAAGGGUUUUUGGCCAAAAUACUGGCACCUGAAGGUUCAAAGGAUAUUCCUGUAGGACAACUCAUCGCAAUAACGGUUGAGGAUGCAGAUGAUAUCCAAAAUGUCCCAAAGAAUCGCCAAAGAAGUGGAGCAGAGGUUGAAGAGGAAAAAUCAUCUGACAAGGAUUCCAAUAAUGAAGACAAAGGAACCACCUCUAUUAAGCUCAACACGUCUGAACUUCCUCCUCACAUUGUUCUUGGAAUGCCAGCAUUAUCACCAACAAUGAACCAAGGUAAUAUUGCCAAAUGGAGAAAAAAAAAGGAGACAAGGUUGAUAGAAAUGGUUAAAGUCAUAUGUGAGAUAGAGACAGACAAGGCCACCCUUGAAUUUGAAAGUCUUGAAGAGGGGUAUUUGGCUAAGAUACUGGCACCAGAUGGUUCAAAGGAUGUGGCAGUGGGACAACCAAUUGCAGUCACGGUUGAAAAUCCAGAUGAUAUUGAAACUGUAAAGACUAAUUUUAGUGGUAGCAUGGAGGUGAAGGAAGAAAUAUUGACCCAUCGUGACUCAAAGGAUGAUGGUAGAGAAGAAAAGACAAGUUUUACAAGGAUUAGUCCCUCUGCUAAGUUGCUGAUUUCAGAGUAUGGAUUGGAUGCAUCAUCAUUAAAGGCAUCCGGUCAUCAUGGCACUCUUCUAAAGAGUGAUGUUUGGGCUGCAAUUAAGUCAGGAAAGGGAUCUUCAAGAAAAUCUACACCUAAGGAUAAAGCAGCUCCAUCUCAAAAAGGCUCACAAGCUUCAACCACAGCUUUACCAGAAUCUCACCCACAGCGGUCAGAUUCUUUUGAAGAUUUGCCAAAUACUCAAAUUCGCAAGGUCAUAGCAAGAAGGUUAUUGGAAUCAAAACAAACUACACCACAUUUGUAUUUAUCAACAGAUGUUAUACUGGAUCCUCUUCUUUCUUUCAGAAAGGAGCUCAAAGAGCAACAUGAUAUUAAGGUGUCAGUAAAUGACAUAGUCAUCAAAGCUGUUGCAAUUGCUCUGCGAAAUGUACCAGAAGCUAAUGCGUAUUGGGAUGCUGAGAAAGGAGAAAUCAUUUUGUGUGAUUCUGUAGACAUAUCAAUUGCAGUUGAUACCGAGAAGGGCCUAAUGACUCCUAUUGUUAGGAAUGCGGACGAGAAGUCCAUUACAUCUAUCUCCUCAGAGGUUAAGCAACUAGCUGAGAAAGCUCGGGCAGGGAAGCUUGCUCCAAAUGAGUUUCAAGGAGGGACGUUCAGCAUUUCGAACCUGGGAAUGUAUCCAGUGGACCAAUUUGCUGCAAUUAUAAGUCCCCCUCAGGCUGGCAUCCUAGCUGUUGGUAGAGGGAAUAAAGUUGUUGAACCAGUACUUGGAAGUGAUGGAACUGAGAGGCCUGCAGUGGUCAACAAAAUGAACUUGACAUUAUCUGCUGAUCAUCGUGUUUUUGAUGGCAAAGUGGGAGGUGCAUUUCUCACAGCUUUGCGUUCCAACUUCAGUGAUAUCAGGAGACUUCUUCUAUGAGGCCCUCAAACUACAAAUGGGUUUCAAAAAAUAAGACUUGACAGAGCACGUUAUGCGAGAGCAGCAGCUAGCUAGGAAAUUUUCAAGGCUUGGUGCCAAUUUGUUCUAGGGAUAUUUUUUACCAAUACAAUUGUUUGUGAUGUGCCAUUUUUACAAAAUUUUGCCAUUCAUUGAACUCGUCCUGUUAAUAGUUAGAAUUUAGAGCUGAUGUUCAGGUGCUGAUUCAGGC